UAUGGAGCACAAGAUGGGAGAACAAUAAAUAUAGUUCUCUUUUAAAUAGCCAAGUAAUUUAAAAGAGCCAAUAACUAUUUUCACCGAAUGCAGGAAAUAAGCUAAUAAUCGCUACCUAAAUUUGCCGUCCAUCGGAGAUACAUACAAGGUUAAAAGAGCGUUCACAGAGCCUAGUUUACACAAUACUGAAUCUCUUCAAAUAUCAUUUUCUUGACAAAACCAAAGCUUUCCCUAUGUAUAGCCAGCCUAAAUAAUUGCCCGUGGGGUAGAUACGUCGUCCAAGCCUGUAAAGCGGCCAGAGUUGAUGAUUGACAGGUGAAGGCGGAGUUUAAACGAUCCACCAACCAAUGGUGCAGCUGCAGUAGGCGGAGACCAGGACUAGUCUUUCAUCCAUAUUCAUCCUAACGUUGGAGAGACGUUUUCUCCCGCCGAAGGGAUACUCUUUCAUUUGUAGCGCGAGAGGUAACACGUUCGGACGGCAAGUUUGAAGCUUGAGAGACGAGUAUUCUUACAUAAAGGAGAAGCAAAAAAGAAGAAAAAAAAAGAUAACAAAAAAAGAAGUUGUGUUGUUUUUUAUCCUUCUAUCGUCUCGUGCUCCUACUUCAAGGGCUAAGUUGAAAAUAUUUUUUUGCGUUACGGUGUGCCUUCAAAAGCCGUCACCACGUUGAAUUUCACAGAGUUUUCGGCCCCCUAUUCCAGCAUGGCUGGUGCAGCGGAUGGCCUGGACCAGGACGGUACAAAUAAAUCAGCAUUCAUGGAAAUUCAACAACAGGGGCUUGCGGGUAUGCCCCACCAUGCCCAGGCUUACCCUAUUCGUUCAACUUAUUCUUCGCAACCAUCACAGCACGAGGCAGUAUUCGCCUCAGCCCACAACUCUCGGCCGUUGGGUGCAAAUCCUUUCCCCAUGAACUAUAACCCCCUGAACUCUUCUCUUCAUAAUGCCCAUUCAUAUCCAACUCAUCCGUACCUGGGUUCGUAUCCGGGAAAUGUACCCGGCUGUCCGCCAUGUCCAUCACCUCCAAGGGACGAUAAAUCUCAACUGGAAGAAACGUUAAGAGUGAACGGAAAGGGGAAGAAAAUGAGAAAACCGCGCACAAUAUAUUCUAGCCUUCAAUUACAACAAUUAAACAGACGAUUUCAAAGGACGCAAUAUUUAGCAUUACCAGAACGUGCAGAAUUAGCUGCUUCCUUAGGCCUCACACAAACUCAGGUUAAAAUAUGGUUUCAAAAUCGUCGAUCCAAGUACAAGAAAAUGUUGAAAGCUCAACAAAAUCAGCAAAACAGUCAGCAACCUAACCAACAAACACCGGGAAGUACACCGAAUAUGCAGCAGCCGCCGAACCCCGCAUCAACGCCGCAUACUCCUCCCGAGUCCCAUGAUGCUCACAGCCCGCCAUCAGUGGGCAUCCUGCCACCGAACCCUUCGGCCCAAGGCAUGCCGAAUGCUACCGUCAGCCCUCCGGCCAUGAGCCCGCCUAUCUCCUCAUGGGACAUGGCUUCGUCCAAAGCAGCAACAAUGAACGUUACGAACACCUAUAUGCCACAAUAUUCGUGGUAUCAUAAUACGGACCCUUCUAUGAGUCAACAAAUUCUUACUUAAUCACCUGUUUUUUUAAAUAAAAAAAUGAAAAAAAAACAAAGAAUUGAUAUCAACAAUGCCUCCCCUGUCCCCCCAGUAAAAUUGUCAUCCUGUAUUUGUAUGGAUGGAGUGAUAUUCUUCUUUGAUUUAUCUGGGAAAAGGUAACCGAAAAGCUUUUUUCCAGUUAAAUAGUCGUAUCAUUACCACAUAAAAAGUUACCCAUCUUUAUUUAAUUAAAAAUGGUGCGAUGUUUAACUAAAUAUAAGGAAAAAUGUUGGAGAUUUGCCAGUAUUAACUUAAAUUUCCUUUUAUUUUGUGUGCACAGAAGAAAAAAAAAAGUGUGCAAAAGUCUGUUUUUCUCAUGGAAUUGGGGAAAAUAAGUAUAUGUGAUCGUGUGUGGUUUGUCAAAAGAAGUUGAUGCCUCAUAAAAAGAAUGAAGAUAUACGAAAAUCAUACAAACGCGUACAAAUAUUUGCAAACAAUUACUCCUUGCAAAAGCCAUGACUGUGAACCAAGCCAUGACUUCAUCGUCCAUUGCCAUCUCACGGGGGGCUGGAUUGGCCAGUAACUUCGUUUAUUCUUUUUAACCGUCACAUUGGAGCCAAAUACGUAAACAUUGUUUUUAUUAUGUUAUUCAUAAGUGUUUCAAUUUUGUUUUCAUUCCUUUAUCGGAUCGAUAUUUCAUUAGGCAGGUUGAUGAGAUUCGAACAUUUAUUUGUUCGAGAAGGGUGGGUAAGUUGAUUUAUUGUAAAUUCCAGAAAAAAUGAAUCAAUUUGAAUGGAAUAAAUAUAAAAUAGUAAAAAGACAAUUUAUACACUAUUUUUAACAUUGAGACGACGUAAUGUUACUGAUAAUUGCUAUAUUGCUUAAAUUUAUCUGAAAUAAUUUAAUAUUUUUUUUAAUGUACUAUUUAAAUUAUUACUUAAGUUCUAAACAUAUGAAGAUUAGACUUAAGCUAAAUCUGAUUAUUAAUGACCUGAUGAGAGAAGUUUAUUUAAAUACAGCUUAAUUCUCUUAAAUGGCACUAUUUGACUUUAAAAUGCAAUAUUUUUGAAAUAAUCUCUAAAAAUUUAAAACAGUUUUAUUACAUUAAAAGAAUUGCUUUUAUUCAAAGUAAUAUCCACUUCUGUGCAAAGUGAUGCUGCAAAUUUUAUUAAAAAAAGUAUGUAUCAAUUGAUGUUAUAUAUGGAGUUUAUAAAAAAAAAAGUGAUUUUGUAAUGUGUUGUAAUUAAAUCUCAUGUCAAGUGGAAUUUUCCGAUGGUUUUAUAAAUAUCAAAAAAAAAAUUCUGAUUUCAAAUUUGAAAUGAAUGUAAAUAAGAAAUCAGUCUGUACAUAUCAAUUGUAAAAUUCAGAAAUUACUCAAAUAUCAGUAAUAAACGUCUUAUGGAAAACUUU